UGUGCCUCGGGAUAUCAGUCUGCGCUCGGCGAUUACCUACCGCGGAAGUUACACGUACACUUUUGACACUCACUUGAGCCGCUUGAUCGGAGUAUAAAGGAACAAAACUCUGUCCGCUCGUCGCGAUCGUUAUCAAUCGCAAGUGGAACGAAGGGGAUUAGGUCAUCCCGAGAGCUCGACCUACAAACUAGCCUCUCCGCGUCGCGCACACGUGCUUCUCUCUCUCUCCCUCUCUCUCUCUCCCUGUGUCCAUAGGAGAGCCGUAGGUCAGCCUACAUCGUCAUCCUCAUCAUCGGAAUCAUGAAAGCCGCGGUGGAGAAUUGACCGGAGCGGCCGCGGAAAUUAGGAGCUGUUAAGGGUGUGCGCGGAGCGAGCGAGUUCAUUAUGUCCGAGAAGACGUACGGCCAGCUGCUCGCCAGCCUCGGCGGUCUACCCUGUCGUCCCUAUCAGAAUUUGAGGUGAUUUUGGAUGCACCCGUUGAAACCUAAGAUAGCGUUGAAAAUCGGAUUAAACGUCUCACGGCUGAAAUGGAGAGUUCCGAGAGGUACGAAGAAUCACCUGUUUAUAAAACAACAUCUGCUUACAACUUCCGCAGACUCGCAGACAUGAUUCCGGCCCGUGUAGUCCUGUACAUGCUUUCGUUCUCCGGUUUCGUCGUGUCGUUCAUGAUGAGGAUGGACAUAAACCUGGCCAUGGUGUCGAUGGUGAAAUACGCCUCGUCCGACAACGUCUCGAUCAUUUUGACCUGCGACUCCGAAAGCAACUCGACUGCACAGGCAAUGGAAGGCGACAACAGUUCCAAGACGGAAAGAGCGGAGGGAGAAUUUGAUUGGAGCCCUGCUAUCCAAUCGACAAUAAUUGGAUCAUUUUACUGGUGCUACAUACUUUCCCAAGUAGUAGGCGGGGUACUUACACAAUACUUCGGUACAAAGACCGUCUUCGGCGGCUCUCAACUGCUCACGGCCAUUUGCAGCCUGCUCAUACCAACUGCCGCCGAAUUUCAUUACGGCGCGAUUAUUGCACUGCGGAGCAUUCAAGGCGUCGCCAGUGGACUGACAUGGCCUGCCAUGUAUGCCAUUGUCGGACACUGGAUACCUGUCGUCGAACGAUCACGCUUCAUGUCUUCCUUUCAAGGGUUCAGCUUCGGCAUCGGCAUCACCUAUCCCCUGGCAGGUUUUCUCAUCGCCCACUUUGGCUGGCGCACGGUAUUCUACACGACCGGUAGUAUCGGCGCGCUCUGGUGCGUCUUCUGGUACUUCUUCGCGUUCGAUACACCGAGCUCGCAUCCGAGGAUAUCCAGCCAAGAGUUCCAGUACAUCCAGGGCAGCGUCGGUACCGUCGCCACCGAUCUCUCCGAGGGAACGAAGGUGCCGUGGAAAUCGAUACUGACAUCAUGGCCGGCUUGGUCCAUAGGCAUCACCACCUUCGGCAGAAUCUGGGUUCACUACGUCUUCAUCAUCGCCGGACCCAUGUACAUCAAAACCGUCCUCGGACUCAGUAUUCAGGCCAACGGAAUCCUAUCCGGUGCGCCUUUUAUCUGCAGUUACUUCAGUUCAGUAGUCUUCUGUUGGGUCGCCGAUCUGCUCGUUAGAAAGCAAAUCCUCUCGCUGACUAACGUCCGAAAGAUAUUCACUGCGCUUUCUCAGGUCGUUCCGGGAAUUCUGGUCCUUCUCAUAGGAUACCUGGGCUGCAACAUUGUGAUGUCGCUACUGAUUUGGUUCAUCGCCGUGACCUUGAUUACCGCGGCUUACGCUGGAGCGAUGGCCAACAUCGUCGAUAUUGCACCCAACUUUGCCGGUCCCGUAUUAGCGUUCGCACAAACUAUCCACAUGACAGCUAGUUUUGUAUCUCCCAUAGUAGCUGGACUACUCACCCAAGAAAGCCAAUCGCUGGACGCUUGGAGAAAAGUAUUCGGCGUGACGGCCUGCGUGGCCUGCGGCACCUACGUGGUCUACCAGAUCUUCGGCACGGCUGACAUUCAGCCGUGGAACUACCCGGACCAGAAGUACCCGCAGUCGGUGGUCGAGGACUCGCAGCCCCUCAACGACUCGCCGAGCCACAAAGCCAAGAUCGUCAUCCGUCGACCCAGCAACCACUCGGUCGGCGUCUAAAAUUCAAAAAAAACUACUACCAAUAUACCUCUUCUAAUAACUCUAUUAAACCACCCGCAAACACACGCGCGUUAUAUAUGCAUAUAACUCACAAUCAAUUAACAAGUAUAUCUAUAUGAUAAAAAUGAUACGAUAUAUCUAUAAAAAAAAUACUGCGGCCUGCCGCGGCUGCUCUCGUGCUGCCGACAGCGCAUUUAUGCAUUCUGUUCUUCCAUAGACUCCUUCUAUUAUGUGUUGCGGUCGUCCCCUAUACUCCACACACUAAUACACAAACACACACAGGUACGGUUUAUGUAUUCUUCGCGAUAUUAUGAUAUGCAUGUUGUAUACUCCUCCUUAGAUUAUGUUCUCGUAAUAGGCCUACGCCUAUCCGAUGCAUUAGACACAGAGAAUAUGCGCAUCGCAGGAGGAGAAGAAUGUCGGAGAAAGAUAAUAGGCAGAGGGAGCUUAAUAAAUCAAUUUCGCGAUUGUUGAGCUGAGUUUUAAGAGGUGGAAGAACAAAUCCGCGCGCGCGAGCCGAUAAGAAUCCGAGCAGCUUAUGUUAUUGAUGCGCGAGUGCAUUGUGGAAUCAAAAUGUUAUAUACGAUUGAGGGUGGAGCGCAUUCUCCGAAGGGGACUUUUGAAUAUUAAACAAAAUAAUAAGAAGCAACAGUGUGAUAAUUAACAUUCGAUAUACGCAGGCGUUGGAGACGCGGGAUGGGUUUUUCGUUGGUAGGUUUCUUCUUUUUCUCGAAAUUUAUAAUCGAGCGACGAAUAGUGUCUAGCUUAUUAUGUACACGACGAUCCUGUUGAACGUACAAUCUCAAUCGUUUAUCGAAUCAAAGUGGCGAAAUUGAGUUGAGAUCGAAGUUGUCUUUUAUUAUUACUAUCGUAUAGUCGUUGUUCUCUAUCGUCGGCGAUUUUUGUUACGUAUAUAUUGUAUGAAUCGAUAUUCGUUUUUUUUAUAUAAAAUUAAGAUGGAUAGAGGGACGUUCGUUGAGGGGUGGAAGAAUCGCGUCUCUCGAUGACGCCUGGAUUUAAUAUUCGUAAAAUGUGUGCAAUUUUAAAAAAAUUAAAUACUUUUAACCAAGUACUCUCUCUCUAUAUACCGAUAUGAAAUAAUCGACAAUGUUAAUUACUCUACAUAACGUCGCCACGUAUACAUGACUUCGGAUCUCACGUAUAAAAUUCAAUUCCAGUUUUUAUUCUUACGUUAUGUUAAUUUAUUAUGUUAUAGUAAACAGUACAGCGCCGUAUGUGUAACACGACAACAAUUCUCCGUACGUAGGAUAUAUAUUUCGUUUUAAUUUUUUUUAAGAACCAGGGAAAAGAAUCAUACGCUAAUUUUUAUAAAUGUAAAUAUACACUGAAA